AUGCCCACCUCGUACCAAUGGAAAACGUACACUCAAUGGGCGGAAAAAUGGGGUGAUAUCAUCUCUGUCACACUGCUCGGUCAACCCAUCGUUGUUGUCAGCUCGCUUAAGCAUGUCACGGAGCUGCUCGAGCGACGAAGCGCACUAUACUCCGACAGACCGAGACUCACUGUCGGCGGGAAGAUUGUCGGAUGGGAUCGCAUUGUUGUACUGAGUCCUUAUGGUCCACGCCUCCGUGAAGCACGCCGCUUGCUGUCACGGUGGUUCGGCUCCAAAAGUAGCGUGGCUCGUUUUGCGCCAAUGCUGCAGCACGAAACAAGCAAAUACCUCUUGGACCUUCGGCGCAGCCCGGAGCAAUUUGUAGCCCACAUUAAGAAGUCGGCUGCAGCGAUCAUCCUCAGGAUGACGUAUGGGUACCAGAUCCAGGGCGACAAAGAUCCUUUACUCGAGAUUGUCGACAAAGCAAUGGUUCACUUCACCAUGCUUGUACUGCUGGGCACCUUUCUUGUGGACACUUUCCCGAUUUUGGAGCAUGUGCCAUCCUGGGUACCGGGCACUGACUGGAAGCAGAGGGCUCUACAUGCCCGUCAAGACACAGACGCCAUGCUCAAUGUGCCAUAUAACAUUGUUGAGAAAGAAAUGGCCGCGGGCACAGCUACUCCUAGUUUCCUGUCGGUGAACAUGGAAGGCAACCCGGAUCCUACUGAGGAAUUUCGAAGUAUUCUAAAGACGACAGCUGGUGCACUCUACGCUGGUGGCUCUGAUACCACUGUCUCUACUCUUCACAGCUUCUUCUUGGCCAUGGCUUGCUAUCCUGAGAUACAAAAGAAGGCACAGCAAGAGAUUGACGCUGUUAUUGGCAACGAUCGACUCCCGACCCUAGCUGACCAGGAUUCACUGCCUUAUGUCAAUGCAGUGUGCACCGAACUCCAUCGGUGGAACCCUGUCAUUCCGCUCGGUGGGUAA